CCGGCCUGGCGGAGCGGCAGGGCCCGGUAACCGGCCUCUCCGCCGAUCCCCGCGGGCUGCUCCGGCAGGGCCGCGCCUUCCUGGACUUCUUCUGGGACAUCGCCAGGCCGGAGCAGGAGGUGCGGCUGGCGGCCACCGAGAGCCUCCUGCGGCACCUGCGGGAGGGCAGGAAGGACGACGAGCUGCAGUACACCCUGCGGCGCCUGGUGGAAGGGCUGGGAGCCACCCGCGAGGCCGCCCGCCCGGCUUUCAGCUUGGCCCUGGCCCAGGUUUUACAGGCUUUUGAGGAAAUUUCAAUGUGCAGUGUCCUGGAACAGAUAAAAGAAAAACACAAUCUGGAAAAAGUGAAAAAGAAACUUGUGAGAAAUGCUGCUUUUGGAAACUUCUUUGGGGUUAUGGCUCUGUUUCAGUCUGGCAGGCUUGUUAAGGACCAGAAAGCUCUGCUGGAGAGCAUCCAGCUUCUCCAGCAGCUGGCACAUCACCAGGCACAUCUCAGAGACCUGCCUCGCAAAGCUCUGAUUGACAUCUUGUCUGAGGUUCCUGAAGCUGUGUUUGAGGAGGUCUUGUUUGACAUCUUGCGAGGUGACCUCGCUUCAGCCUUUGCAUCUCCAGAGAACCUGCACCUUUUGCUUGUGGGCAUACAGAAAUUCCCCAGUGUUCUGAAACCUAAAAAUGUGAAGAAGCUGUUUGGCUCCCCUACUGUGGUGAAUGAGCAAAAUAUUCCCAGACUUGUAGAGCUUCUGCAAAGUGCAGCCAAGUCUGAGAAGAAGGACAAGAAAUUGCCUGGUUUAGUGUUUGAUUUGCUACAAGUUUCACUGAAGGAAGGUGCCUUUGAACUGUUCUGGAAAGAAGGUGUGGAGAAUGGGGUGUUGAAGGAGAAAUCAGGACCUGUGAGUUACAUGUGCUACCGGUUGCUGGGCAGUGCUCUCCCCUUGCUGUCUCUGGAGCAGCUACAGAUGGUUCUCAAAGGGAAGGUGAUGCAGCACUAUGGAGAACACGUGGUGAAGACUCAGCUUCCAGACCGGUUUAAGUUUGCUCCAGAGAUGGAAGACUAUGUAGAUGAAUUUCUGAACAGCUGUGAUGACCCAGAGAGGCAGAUGGCAGUGAUCAUUGGCUUCUCUACUCUCACCAAUCAAGGUUAUCCAGUGUUCUCCAGCUCUUCCAAGGUGGUCAGACACCUGCAGCCAGUGGUAUUGCAAAAAUACAUUGACUGGCUCAAAGACAUGUUCCUCAGGCCAGACUUGGACUGUUGUUUAGACUUCUCAAGUAACCGGCAGAAACAGAACCAGGGAAAAGUAAACACGGCACAACAUAAGAUCACUCGAUUAAGGAAAUGGCUCAUCCACCGACUUGCUAACAUCAUGGAACAUGCAGUGAAGAAGGAAGAGAGCCUUGUGAUGGACAUCUCCAGGUUUUGCUUCUUCCAUGCUUUCUUUGAGACUAAGAAAAAGGCUUCCCAAAUACAUGAGACACAUGUCCUUCCAUCAGAGCCCCUAGAUGAGCAGACUCGUGCAGUGACAGAAAAUUACUUCUUUGGGUUACUUCAGACUUUAAACACCUUGACUGUUUGGGGGGAUACAGCAAAGGCUGCAGCCUUGAGGGAAAAGCACAUCCAUGGUGUGACUGCAGAGGGGAAGCUGUGGAUCUUUCUCCUUGUUGAGUAUGCUGACAAGCUGCUCUCCAGUGAGCAUGUCAAAGCUGUGAAGCCUUUUACCAAGGGACAGAGGGAUGUCUGGGAGAGAACACUCCAGUCUGUGAAGAACCUGCAGAAGAAGGAAAACAAAUCAAAUGGUGCCAAAGUCGUUGCUUUCCAGCAGCUUCUGCUUUUAAUGGCUGUUCAUCUUUUCAAGGAUCAGUCUGAAACGGUGGAUGUUUUGAGUGACCUUCUGAACUGCACAGAGAGGGCAUUCAGCAAAGAACCUAAGAAGAAGAAGCCUGACAACACAGAGCCAGGAUGGGUUGAGGUGAUGGUGGAAAUCCUCCUCUCCCUCCUUGCCCAGCCCAGCCUCCUCAUACGUCGGAUUUCAAAGAGUGUGUUUGUACGGAUAUGCCCUAAUCUGACCAAGAGGAGCUUGCAGCUGAUCCUGGAUGUAGUUGACCCAUACCAAGAGCAAAAUGAAGAAAGUGCUGUUGUUGUGAUGGAAGAAUCAGAGAAAAAGAACAAGUCUGAUCAGGACAUGGGUGAGGAGGGAAGCGAGGACUCCUCAGAUGAAGGUGACUCUGAAGAAGAGAAUGACAGUGGAGAUGAGGACAAGAAUGAAGAAGUUGAUGAGGAUUUUCGCAGUCAAUUGAUGAACGUUCUCCAAGCAGGGAAUGCAGUGGGAGGAGAUGAGAGCGACGAAGAGCUGGAUGAUGAGGCUAUGAUGGCUCUUGACAAGAACAUCUCAGCCCUUUUUGCAGAGCAGCAGAAGCGGAUCCAGGCAAAGAAGGAUGAGAAAGACAGGAUACGGAAAGAGAAGAUCCUACGGAGGGAUUUCAAGAUUAAGGUGCUGGAUCUGGUUGAAGCUUUCCUGGUUAAGCAGCCAGAGAAUCCGUUGGUGUUCGACGUUAUUGAGCCUCUGCUUCGGUUGAUUGAGCAGUGCAUGAGCUCAGACUCAGACAAGCAGGAGGUUGACUUCCUCCAGAAAACAGCCAGUAUCUUCAGGAAUUCACUGUGCAGAGCUAAGCAGUACUGCAAGAGGGUGGAUGCCUUGCAAGAUGAUUUGCAUGCUUUUGUAGAGAGGCUUGUGGAAAAAGCCUACAAGCACACUGACUCUUCUGUGGCUCUCUAUUAUUUCAGUGCCUCGUUGUACCUGCUCAAAGUGUUGAAAGGAAAUGUGUCUGAUAAGUCAUCAACUCCUCCCACCCCCCUGCCAGAGAAAGGGAGCAGCACCAUCCCACAGGCUGCUCAGCUUUUGAGCACGGGCUGUUUGGAUGUAGAGAAGGUGGCUGGAAUAUAUCGUCAAGCACUGACACAAUUCCUGACUAAACGGAACAGCGCCCUGACAUGCUCCAUGUUCCAUGAUCUCUUCAAACGUUUCCCAAUCAUGUGUAAACCGUUAGUAGAUACUCUUGUCAAGUCUAUCACAGCAGGAGCCAGGCAACAUCAGCAGGCCCAGGCCUGUUUGCUCCUCCAGAAGGUUCUGCAACUUCAUGAACUGAAGCUCUUCACGACGGAGGAGGAGUGGGAGGAAUUGAUCAGAGAAAGCAUCAGCCAAGUGACAGAGAGUUUGAAAACGGUUGGCAAGUGCCUUGUGAAGACUGACAAAGAGAAGACUGCCAAGAUUUUGGAACUCUUGAGCUUCCUUCUCAAAACUGUGAAGGAGCAGAAGCUGCACGUGAAGUUGACAGAGUUGGAAAAAGUGCUGGUAGCUCUAAACCAGCCAGAAGGGAUUGGGAAUUCUGCACGUCUGGACUCUCUCUACUGGAACGUCAUGCGUUGGCUGGGUUAUUCGAAGCCCAAGAAGGAGAAGGCAGCCCAUAAACCUGCACAAGAGGCAGAGAACCUGAAGAGGAAGAAGAAGGGUUUCCUGCCAGAGACCAAGAAGCGCAAGAAUCGCAAGAAGGGCCUCCAGGAGAACGGGGUGGCACCAGCAGCUGGUGAGGAUGGAGAACCAGCAGCCUCAGAGGAGCAGUCCCUGGGAACAAAAACCCCCAAGCAGAAGAAAGGCCUCAAAAACCAGAGCAGAGGGGUGAGGGAGAACGGGGUGGCAGUGGCAGGCGGCGGGGAGGAAGCUGUGAAUGGAGGAGACGCUGCGGCUGACAAAAAGAAGAAGAAGAAAAAGAAGAGCAGAAAAAGAAAAGGUGAUGCAGGCAGUGAAGCUGAGCAGGCUCCAGCUGCCAAGAAAGCCAAGGGGAGGGUCAGCCAGGAGACCCAGCAGCAGCAGGGCAAGGCCAACCAGCAGAAGCAAGGCAAAGUCAAGAAGAAAAGAAAAGUGAAGAAAGCUGCAGUGCAGGAGGAGUAAACCUCAUGGACUCACUCAGGCCUCCAUGGCUGAGAGGACUAUUUUAAUAUCUUUUAUAACUAUAAUUUUUAUGUCCUCCCUGACUUUAAAUAAACCUUCCAUGAUGCUGA